UGAAGACAACCACAAUGACUACUGCCCAGCUGGGCUGCCUGUGUCUCUUAACACUUUAUCAGACAACUGUUUAUGGACAAGAGGUAAUCCCCCGUGGACCCCUGAAACCUAUGACGCUUUCUGUCCCUGAAGGUGAAGUAGAGUCUUUCGAAAUAUUCCAGUUUAUAACCAAUCCUCCCGCUGCGAAUUUUCAACUAUCUGGGGAAACAGAUAACAUAAUUAAUAUAAAUUCAGAUGGAGUUCUGCGUCACAUCAUACCCCUGGACAGGGAAAAAAGACCUGUUCAUCAUCUUCAGGUCAUAGCCCUAGAUGCUCAAGGAAAAACAGUGGAAGGUCCAGUCUCCAUCACCAUAAGAGUGGAAGACAUCAACGACAAUACACCUGUAUUUCCCCAGUCACUUUAUUACGCCUCAGUAAGACAGAAUUCUCGCCCAGGAAAACCCUUCAUAUAUGUCAAUGCCACAGACAAGGAUGACCCAGCCACUCCCAAUGGUCAACUUACUUAUGAAAUUUUGGUCCAGUUUCCCAUGGUCAACAAUAUCAAGUAUUUUGAGAUCAGCAAUACGGGGGGAAUUUCACUUACCCGAGAAGGAUCUGAGAAACUGGAUAGCACUGAGAAUGGUGCCUACAACCUGGUGGUCUUAGUGAAAGACAUGGCAAAAAAUCCCUUAAGUCAUACAACAAAUGUGCAUAUCACAGUGAAGGAGAAUAUUUGGAAGGCACCAGAAACUGUGGAGAUCAAAGAAAACUCAACUGAUCCUCACCCCAUCAGAAUCACUCAGGUGCAGUGGAAUGAUCCCGGGGCACACUAUUCCUUGAUUGAAAAGGAGAAACUGCCAAGAUUCCCAUUUUCAAUUGAUCAGGAAGGAGUGAUCUAUGUCACUGAACCCUUGGACCGGGAAGAAAAAGAUUCAUAUUCUUUUUAUGCUGUUGCAAAGGAUAAUUCUGGAAAACCACUUGCAUCUCCUCUGAAUAUUCGUGUGAAAGUUAAAGAUAUUAAUGAUAAUCCACCUACUUGUCCAUCUGCAGUGACUGUAUUUGAGGUCCAGGAGAACGAACACUUCGGGAGCAAUAUUGGAAUUUUCACUGCUCAUGACAUGGAUGAGAAAAACAGUGUCAACAGCAUCUUAACUUACAGGCUUGUGGGUCAAGCCCCCCAAUUUCCCAGCAGUGACCUCUUCAUGAUCCAGAAAUUCACAGGAGUGGUACAGUUAGCUAAACAUUCCUUGAAGAAAAAAGAUUCUCCUCAAUACAACCUGACAGUAAUGGUAUCUGAUAUAGAUUUCAACACUUCCUGUUUCUUGCAAGUCAAUAUUAUUGAUAUCAACGAUCAGAUCCCCAUCUUUGAAAAAUCAGAUUAUGGAAACCUAACUCUUGCUGAAGAUACAGCCGUUGGGUCCACCAUCUUAACCAUCCAGGCUACUGAUGAGGAUGAGCCAUUUACUGGGAGUUCUAACAUCGUGUAUCGUAUCAUAGAAGGAGACAGUGGGGGACGACUGGACGUUGAGACGGAUCCCCAAACUAAUGCUGGAUAUGUCAUAAUUAAAAAGCCUCUUGAUUUUGAAGCAACAACUGUUCACAACAUUGUCUUCCAAGCAGAAAAUCCAGAGCCCCUGGUAGCUUCUGUAAAGUACAAUGCCAGCUCUACUGCCAGAUUCAAGCUUAUUGUGACAGAUGUGAAUGAAGCACCCCAAUUUUCCAAUUAUUUCUUCCUAGAAAAAGUCCCUGAGGAUGUGCCAGUAGGUACCAAAGUGGGCAAUGUGACUGCGUGGGAUCCGGAACAUCUGAACAUAAGCUAUUCACUGACAGGCGACACAAGAGGUUGGCUCAGAAUUGACUCCAAGACUGGAGAGAUCUUUAGUGUGGCAUCACUGGAUAGGGAAACUGAAAGUCUAUACCGAGUACAAGUGGUGGCUUCUGAAGUAGGUGGCCCUUUGAGCUCACAAGUGGAAUUCCAGCUGGCCCUUCAGGAUGUGAAUGACAACCCCCCACGACUGAUCAAGGACUACCACGGCUUGUUGAUCCUCUGCCAUCCCCUUAAAGAACGUGGACAUGUCAUUUUUGAGGCCACAGAUGAUGACUUGCAGCCAUACAGGGGUCCACGGUUUACAUUUUUCUUUGGCAAAGACAGCUUUAAUGAAAAUUGGGAACUCUCCAAACUCAAUGGAACUCAUGCCACUCUCUCCACCAAACACACAAACUUUGAGGAGAAAGUUUAUGAUGUCGAGGUCCGCAUCAGUGAUGGUGGCCAACCCCCCUUGGAUGGGACAGUUUAUGUACCAGUUACUUUUUGCAAGUGUGAAUCGGCUGGAAGUUGUUACCGGCCAACAGGUAACCAAGAAGGGAUGCCCACAGUGGGUAUAGCAGUUGGUGUACUCCUGACCACCUUUUUGGUCAUUGGUAUAAUUUUAACAGUUGUGUUUGUGCGACUAAAGAAAGGUGGUGAUGAUGAUCCGAAACUUGAUCCAAAACCUGAAACACAACCUCUAAGAAGUUGA